UGUCAACUGAGCCACAUCACAACAAAAUAUGUUGUCACUUACAGCUACAGUACUGCUAUCUAGCGAUGUAGAUUUCUUCUACCAAAGUUUUGAGAUUUGCGCCUGUGUAACUUCGGCCUUAUUUUGACCAUGGUCAUGAGUGCAGUGUAAUGAGGAGUCAAAGCUGAUGGGUGACUUGUUCAAAAACUACAACAAGAAUAUUCGCCCAGUGGUUCAUCCUGAAGACAAGGUCGUGGUUCAGAUCAAGCUUACCCUCACUAACCUUAUCUCCCUGAAUGAAAAGGAGGAGACUCUUACGACCAAUGUGUGGAUUGAGAUUCAAUGGAUUGAUUAUCGCCUUGCCUGGAACACAUCUCAGUAUUAUGGCAUUAGUGUAAUUCGCGUCCCCUGCAAAACUGUUUGGCUUCCUGAUAUUGUCCUUGAAAACAACAUUGAUGGCAAGUUUGAUGUGGCUUAUUAUGCCAAUGUGUUGAUCAGCAAUGAGGGUUGGAUAUACUGGCUACCUCCUGCCAUCUAUCGCAGCACUUGUGCCAUUGAGAUCACCUAUUUCCCAUUUGAUUAUCAAAACUGCACGCUAGCAUUCAGAUCCCAGACGUACAGUGCCAAUGAAGUGGAACUCAUCUUGGCUGGUGUACAAGAAAACGAGCCUAUUGAAUGGGUGGACAUCGACCCUGAGGCUUUUACAGAGAACGGCGAGUGGGCCAUCGUCCACCGUCCAGCCAGGAAGAUGAUCAACUCAAGAUAUUCUCCAGAUGACUUGGAGUAUCAGGAGAUCCUGUUCAAUCUGGUCAUUCAGAGGAAACCCCUCUUCUACAUCAUCAACAUCAUCCUCCCCUGCUCCCUCAUCUCAUCACUGGUUGUACUGGCCUACUUCCUACCCGCACAAGCUGGGGGACAGAAGUUGACUGUGUCCAUCUCUGUUUUGCUGGCUCAGACUGUCUUCCUCUUCCUUAUUGCUCAGAAGGUUCCUGAGACAUCUCUCUCUGUCCCUCUCAUCGGCAAGUACCUGAUCUUUGUCAUGUCUGUCACUACUCUUAUCGCUACCAAUCAAAUUGUGGUGCUGAACUUCUCCCUGCGCAGCCCCAGCACUCACACCAUGUCUAAUACCAUCAAACAUAUGUUCCUGGAGACGGUACCUCGCCUCUUAGGCAUGUCCCCACUGGUGGAUGACAAUGAGGAAACAACAGAGAUAAACGGAGUGAGGGAGCGGCGGCGAAGCUCCUUUGGCCUCAUGCAGAGAGCAGAGGAAUAUGUGCUCAAACAACCUCGCAGUGAAAUGAUGUUUGACAAGCAAAGAGAGAGGCAUGGUCUCACGCGAUCGAUUGUGGACAAUAUAGACGUCAGCAGCACAGCCAACCUGUAUAAGAGUUUGGCACAAGCUGCACCUGAGAUCAAGCAAUGUGUAGAUGCCUGCAACUUCAUUGCAGAGAGUACAAGACAACAAAAUAACAUUGGAUCUGAAAUUGAAAGCUGGGUACUGAUUGGGAAGAUGAUUGACAAGGUGUGCUUCUGGGCUGCCUUUAGCCUCUUCAUCAUCGGAACAGUGGGGAUCUUCCUAACGGGACACUUCAACCAGGCACCAGACCUUCCAUUUCCUGGUCAGAACAAAAAAUAUGUUCCAUCUUAGAAACCUUGAAAGAAAAAAAGCCUUUAACUCUGAUGAAACCUUUCCAAGGGUCACUGUACCUCAUGCUGUGUAUAAGACUGAGCGGUCUUCCUUAUUGACUCCUGUACUCAGAAUCAGGCUUUAACAACAGAGAUUUCAAACCGAAACUGUCUGUGUCCAUGUGUCUGUGUCAGACUUAUCUUUGUGAAUACUUGUCAGCAGCUGAGAGUUUUCAUACAAACUUGCAACUUAGUUCUCGGUCCUUCAUCUCAGUCUAAGUUCUUUGUAUGUACACAUUAAGUGGGUGGAUCAGGUCUAUUUAAAGAAAAGUGUUGUUUUAAAUCAUUACCAUUACAAUUAUCAUCACCAUGAUCAUAAGAAAUCAUGCAAAGUACAAUUAUUAUUUGUCUGUUUUGAACUAUAAACAGUGUGAGUUAAAGUUCAGACUUGAGAUUAUAGUUGAUGGGAAAUGCUGAAGCUACUUCUAAGCCAUUCUGAGAAAGUUAUUUUUUCAUAUCAGAAUGUUCACAGCAUCGUUAUGUAUUACAUUGAACCAUUAAGCUCUGGGUGGAAGUAAAGAAGGUUCAUUAACUGUUUAACUGAUUUUAUUUAAAUGUUGUGUGCUAACAUUGCCCAUCUAUGCACACACUACAAAACAUAUCUGCUAAAGUCUGAAUGGGUUUUCCUGCAUGUACUAUGUCUUAUUUGAAGAACCUGUGCAUGCAACUUGAGCCAGCUGACUCUGAAUCAAAGCCUUAUUCUUUCUACUAUGACUUAUUUAUUAGGAUGUCUUGUUAGAGGUAUAUGGAUUGGAGGGAUAUUGUCUUGAUAUCAUUGUGCCAUGUUUUUUAAAUAAAUAUUUUAUUUUGUGCAUCAUGACUUGUUAAAUCAAUUUAUUACAAAGUGUGAGUUGUGUAAAAUCCCCUUAUGUAAUUAGGAAAAGGCAUUUUAAUCUUUAAGUGAAUGUCAAGAUAAAAAAGUCUGGGCUGUAUGCAUCGCAAAAUGUCUUGCUGCUGAACGAGGGUCCCUCUACUGAGAUAAUUACAUAUUCUCAGUUGCAAGUUUUAAUAUAAUGCUAAACUGAAAAAACACCCAGAAAACUCUAUGAGCACCAUGAGCAACAGUGAAACUGAUCAUUUGUGAAGUCAUGAAAAAUGCACAUAUCCUAAUCAACAUGUCUAAUCACUUAAACUUCUUACUUUUCUACUUUAUAAUAUUUCUCUCUAUGUUUAGUUGUUCAAGGUAUGUGAGUGUAUGUAUGUGAAAAACAAAGGUAUUAACUAUAUUGAAUACGUUUGUAUUUGUUUGUAGGUCAUAGUAUUUUAUUAUAUAUGUAUUGAACAGAUCUUGAUGAUUAUAUCUAAUCCCAUUGUAACAAAACAUAAAAUCAAUUAUUUUAAGUCA